UCAAUUCGAGUCAACAACACCAGAAACACAACCAGUCACAGAUGAGUCAGAAAGCACUCAGUCGGAUGGAACUGAUCAACAGUUGACUACCACGCCUCAAUUCGAGUCAACAACACCAGAAACACAACCAGUCACAGAUGAGUCAGAAAGCACUCAGUCAGAUGGAACUGAUCAACAGUUGACUACCACGCCUCAAUUCGAGUCAACAACACCAGGCUGGCCUGCCAAGAUAAAAAUAAUGGAUCUUCACAGCAUUGAAUUCAACCUUAGAGGUCGUUGUAUUUAUGCCUCCUUUCCAUCUGGCUGAGAUGACGUUCUCUAUCAAUCAAAGACAAUUGUUCACCUUUCAUAUUCAUACUAAAUGAAAGAUCAUUGAUGAAGCAAAGAAAACGGAAAAAAUAAAUGUUCUGAGUACAAUUUCACGUAGUUUAGUUAAUAAAUUUUAAAAUUAUUUAC